GAUCUAAAACCUCGGUGAAAGCAGGAGAAGAAGAAUAGGAAAUCCAACGAUGAGCCAGGAACCUGAGGAAGACGUCAAGCCAAAGCUUAACCUCAACAUCUCUUACGAGGGGUCAACAAUCACAGUCAAAGUCAAGUCCAACAUGAGAUUCGCAAAGAUCUUUGAAGUCGUCGAGAAAAAGUUCGGCAAAGAGCCAGGCACGUUCAAGUUCGUCGUCGACGGUCAACGAGUCAACAAAGACGACACUCCAGCUGGGCUCGGGAUGGAAGACGGAGACCAAGUGGACGCGUUCUUGACACAGGUCGGAGGCGGAGCCUACCUUUGCUCUCAAUAGGAGCCCAAGAGCAUACCCAACUCGACACAUCCAACUAUCCCCAUCCCCCGCCCAUUCUUGGACUAGGCGAGAUUCCACAAUACCAGCACACCGAACAGCCCUCCACGGACGCACUCCAACCACCGCAACAGCAACCCCAAAGUCCGAGUACUGCAGUUAGAACAGCUCUGGGGCUACGCCACCACGCAGCCUCAUGUCAACGCCAACGUCGAACCACAAUCUUGUCCAACAACACAUCCCAUGUAUUUACAUAACUGUACUCUUAACACCUCUAAUUCCUGUACCCAUU